AUGAGUGAUAAAUCCAGAAGAUCCUUUCUUUUUGGAAUUACUGUUAUUCUGGUAUUUUGUUCAUUUGCAGCAGUAGACGCUAAUAGAUAUAUGUGGAUAUUUAUAAGCAUAUGUGCGUUCAUGUUAUUAUUGGUGGACUUACUUUUUUUUGGUGUAGAUAAAUUUAACUAUGAUCCAUUUUAUUCUAAUUGGGAAAAAAAAAAUAUCCAGGACUCUUAA